UUUCGAUCCUUUAUAUAACUCAUGCUGGUGUUCUCAACGUAGAACAGAAUUUCUUUCUUCCCUGGUGGCAUAUUCUUUCCCACCAUCAUGUCUUCCACUCCCCGCGAAAUUGGUACUCUCAUUGUCGUCAUUGUCAAAGCCAAUCAUCUCACCAACAAGAGGCACAUAGGGAAGCAAGAUCCCUAUUGCUCUGUUGAGUUUGAAGGAAGAAAAGGACGCACAAAGACGAUCAAACGCGGUGGCCAGCAUCCAGAGUGGGAUGAAGAGCUUCGGUUUGCCGUGUUUGAGGAUGUUGAAGACGAAUUGGCUCGCACAGCAGACCGGACCCCUUCACCGCCCUCCAAGAACGGGACCUCUCCACUCAGAAAGUCAACAACAAAGUUCAAGACGAAAAAAGUAAUCAAGCUUGCGGUAUACGCGGAUGACGCUAGAGAGCCUGAGCUCGUUGGAGAGGCAAUGGUGGAUCUGACGACGGUGCUGACCAAGGGUGAACAGGAUGAAUGUUACACCUUGAUGUACAAAGAACGAUUUGCUGGUCAAGUCUACUUGGAGCUGACAUUUUAUUCCAAUGAAGCUCCUCCUGCAAAGAAGACGAAGCCCAAGCCCAAAGACAAAAACUACGCCGGCCCGGGAGAGUUUGUAGGCGAAUCGUCGACGCCUAAUGGUCAAGGCGCGCCCUCUGGCAGGAUUGUCUCUACGAGCGUAUUGCCUAAUCAUCAUCGGCGACAGUCGGAAUCAAUAUCUUCAGCGUCUUCUUUGAGACCGUCGAGCUCGUUGGCGCGGCUUGAUCUCUAUAACCCUCCUUAUGAAAGGCAGCGAAGAUUGACGUCCAUGAGCAGUGUAGUGAAUGAUUUUGGGAACCUCGCUUUGUCCGAUUCCAAGAGACGCGAGAGCUUCCCGCCUAUAGCCUCUGCGCCUGGUUUGUACGGUCCUCGAGGAACUCUUCCCCCACAUUCUUCGUCUCUUCCGCCGGAAUCAGCGUAUGGUUAUGAGCCAAGCAUAUCUGAUUCCGUGUCAACUUACGGUUCAAUGCCUCCUAGUACUCUUCCACCACAGCCUGGUUUGCCAUACCCAGCACAUGCAUCAUACCAACAGCCUUAUGAAAUGGCCCCAACACCAAGUUUUGCCAAAUCGACGAUGCGACCACGUUAUAGUGUUCCUACUUCAUCUUCAGGGUUCAUGCCACUGUCUUCUCAUUCUCGUGCCCUUCCAUCUCAUCCUUCGGAGCCUUCAGGUUUCGCACCUCCCUUGUCUCAUACGCCUAUCCCGACUCUUUACACCGGAAACCACUUUCCCCCUCAGCAAAGUUUUACGCCUAUGCCACCUCAGACUCCGGCUUUGAUGCCCUUGCCUACUUCUUCGUCUUCGCCUUCGUCCAGCAUCUUAGAUGGCCCGUUACCUUAUCCGGGCACGACACAGUACUCAUACCCAUAUACACCGGCACCGCCUACGCCCCUUGCGCAGCCGUAUAUGCCACAUAUGUUGUCCCAGACACCGCAUCCUCCUCUACAACAGUCUUAUACCGGCUAUCCAGUGACAUCAACUCCGUCUCAGGAACCAAUCUCUGCGAGUUCUUCUCUGUCCACAAGCCAAGGCCCUGGAUCAAGACCUCUGCCGCAGCCGCAACAGCCUCCGCAAGUUCAUCCGCCGCCGCCUCCAGUGAAUCAGCCGCAGUAUGGCGCUUAUAGUCCGUCACAGACGAAUAGCGUGAUGUUCCCGCCUACAAAUGGUUAUCAGCCGCCUCCUCCACCACCACCUCCACCUCUCCAAAACAAUUCACCUCCCCGUUCUCCCCGUUCUUAUAUGGAAGCACCUCAGCCUGUCGGGCCGCCGCCGCCGCCUCCACCUGUGUCUCAAUAUGAGCCUCACGCUCCUCGACGUCGCGCCAGCCUACCGACGCCACCUGGACAGAGCCAACAGCAGCAGCAACCACCACGUGGAGCUCUCCCUAUUCCUCCCUCCUCCCCCUCCGCCUGGAGAUUACCAUCAGAAUGCUCACCCGUUGCCUAUUCCCCCGCCACCACCAUCAAAGUUUGGGCCUCCGGCUCAACCGUACGUACCGGGACCUCCUCCUAGACCGCCUCAACUCGAUGCUGAGGGCCAUUGGGUGCCUCCGAGUAUGCCUGUCCAACAGUCAUACCCGCCGCAAGGAUGGGCGUGAUACGGCACGGCCUGUCAUGGCUUUUGUGUUUCUGCUGAUUAUAAUUGUCUUUUCCAUCAUC